CUAUACCUUUGUCUCUUCUCCGUUUCUUGCAUUUUCUCUGCCAUCCGUAGUGCCACCAGAAAAGGAGAAAUCAAUCAAUUCGCUCCCUAUUGUUUUAUUUUUUGUUCGGUAAGCUCUACACUCUCAAUUUCUCUGUAAAACCCUACCUACAUUGUUUGUUCUUCAAUUUCAAUAGCCAAUAAUUACAUUUUGUACAUUCUAUAUAUGUAGAAAGAGAGAGAAUUUAGAGAGAGAGAGAGACAAACAGACCAGACCAUGCCCCCUCGAUCGGCCACUCGUAAGAAAUCGACAUGGAAAUCGAAACAAUCGGAGCUCGAAUUGAGUCUGGCCGACCAGAUCAACACAGUGCCGGAGUCGGAACACAAAGGCCAAGAAGCUCUAUCUGCUGUGGUGAAGGACGAAGGCGGCGAACAGGCGGCGCCGCUGAUGAUCGCCGGAGUGGAAAUCAAGCAAGAACUUAGGGUUUUAGACUCAAAUUAUGCAGACAAGGCUGUAAUGAGUACAGCAGUGGAAACGAAGGUUAAGGAGGAGGAGAGGAACGUCAAUGUCAAUCCUGUGAGCUUUAUGGAGGAUGGAGAAAGAAUGGAGGGUGAUCAUGACAAGUUUGACAAUGCAGCUGAGGAAAAAGAAGUGGAGGGUGAACAGAAUGAAGGAAUUCAUGUUGUUGCAGAACAGAACUCAUCUGAAGAAGGAACUGCUGCUGCUCAAAUUGAUGAUGCUGAGGCAUUUGUAGACAAUGACAAUUUUCCUGUUCUCAAUGAGCGUAGUGAUGGGCAAGAAGGGGGUGAGGUGGGUGGAAAGGAUGAGGAAGAUAUUGGGGACAAUGAAGAAGAUAAUGAAGAUGAGGAACAGCCUGCUGAAUUUAUCAAUAAUCACAUCACUGACAGGAAGAAAAAAAAGGAUUUCGAAAUUUUUAUUGGAAGACUGGAUAAAGGGGCCGUUGAGGACGAUCUGAUUGAAGUGUUUGGAAAGUUUGGGGAAAUAAAAGCCGCUAGGAUAGUAAGGAAUCCAACUACAAAUAAGAGUAGAGGAUUUGCCUUUAUUCAAUACGUGACUGUUGAGCAAGCAAAGAACGCUCUUUCUGCAUUGAAUGAAGGGAUCCAGGUGAGAGGCAAACACGUUAUAAUAUCAGCAAGUCAGGAUAAUGAUACUCUUUAUAUGGGCAACAUCUGCAAAUUAUGGACAAUAGAGCAUGUGCUGGGAACAUUGAAAAGCUAUGGAGUUGAAAAUAUUGAAGAGAUAUAUUUGCCAGAUGAUCCUCAAAAAGAAGGGAAGAUCAAAGGUUUUGCUCUUUUGGAGUUUAGCACCCACUCGGAUGCAAUGGCAGCAUUUCAAAGACUAAGAAAGCCAGAUGCUGUCUUUGGUCGUGAUAGAAGUGCUAAGGUUGCUUUUGCACAAACCCCAAUGCACCCAAAUCAAGAAAUUCUGUCUCAGGUUAAGACUGUCUAUGUGGAAGGCUUAACUGAUGCUGGGAAUAAAGAGAAAGUAAAAGAAAUCUGCACACAGUAUGGUGAGGUUGUGAACGUUCAGUUACCUCAGAGUCUAGGCAGCAAACGCAAAUAUUUUGGCUUUAUUACUUUUACUUCUCGAGAAAGUGCCCUAGCUUGUGUGGAGGGGAUUAAUAACGCUCAUAUUGGACAAGAAGUCAAGGUUAAGGCUAAGAUUGCAAAGCCUCAUUUUAAGGGUCGGCUUCAAAAGCAAGGUACUCGUGGGGGAUUUAAGGUUAAGAAAAAGAGUGAAGUCCCAUCAAUGAAAGAAGAGACUGAAAGAGAAAACAUAGCUGCACCUUCAAAGAUGAAAGGUCAUGCAAAGUCCAAACGGGCCAAAAAAAAGGGAAAGAUGUUGACAGAAGAGGGGAAUGCUAUUUCUGAGACAGAAAUUGAUGGAGGUAAACCAAAUAAACCCAAAACUGUCACUGAAGGUCAACCUGUUCGAGCAUCAUCCAAGUUGGAAAGGACAAAUCGCAAGAGAAAGAAUCAACGUUUAAAGGCUAAAGGUCAUGGAAAGAUAGGAGCUGAGCAUGGUCAUAAUGAAAUGCCAUCGAAGAAAAGACACAGCAAAAUGCGGGGAAGGCAAAACAAUAAUUUCAAGAAGACAGAGAGAGAUCCUCAUAUUAGAAAAGGACCAAACUAUUGUGCAGAUUUCAUUGAAUACAGAAAUCCAUAUGCACCAGGAUAUGUUGCACCUGCUGUUAGUUGCCAGAGCCAUGCAUACAACACUGUAUCUGGAUCUAAAAGGUCCCAUGCAGAUAUGGAGCCGCAUGCUGGGUAUAUUGAUCCUGUUGCUCGUAAGCAAAGCCGAAGUUUUUCAGGGUACCUUGAACCUACUGUUGGAAUGCGGUAUCAACCUCAUGUAGGACACCUUGAAAGUGUUGUUGGGACACAAAGCCAACCUCACACAGGAUACCAUGUACCUGCUGUAGGAAAUCACAGCAUAUCUAGUGCAGGAUACCUUGAACCUACUCUUGGGACACGUGGCCAACCUCAUGCUGGAUACCUUGAGCCUGCUAUUGGAAGACAAAGUCAAUCUCAUGCAGCAUAUUUUGAAUGGUCUGUUGGGAAACACAGUCACAAUCCAUAUGACGUUGCACUGAGAAGAGCUGGCGGACAUGAUCUGCAUGGCAGUGGUUACUCUGCUUAUGGGGCAGGUAAUCCAUUUGUCACUUGACUUAUUUGUUCAGGCCCCAAGCCGCCAAAAGAAGUACAUAUAUAAAUAAAACUCAAAAGAAAAUAAAGCAAAGGAAAAAAGAAUCUGAUCCCAAGUUUCUUGAUGGAUGUCAAAUUUUAAUGCAGUUGGAAGUACCAUAAUGGUUUUUUUCUUUACUAUAGUUGUCAAACAGUAAGUAGUUUGCUUGCAGCGAUUUUUGUGGGGAGUGUGAAUGAUGUGGUAAGAUUUGAAUUACCUGAAAUUAUAACUUUUGCCUAAAGCAUAAGCUUGCCUGUUGGUACUUUGCAAAAAUUGGAGGGAAUACUAAAAAUUAGGGGUUACUGUGGAAGAACCAGAAAUUUAUCUUCUACUGUUAUGCUUGGGUUAACACAAUAAAUGCUUUAUAAUUCUGUUUAAAAUGAUGCCUAAUUGGGAAGUAAAUAUGUAAUAUUGAAAGAAAAUAGACAACCAAUCACUUUGUAUUCAUUAUAAGAUGACAUCCAAAGAACAUGGACCCGAGU